AUGAGAAAAUCCAUCAAGCAAACAUUUUCUUCUGCUUCAAGUCUUAUACAAGCAGCCUCCCAACCAUCAAAAGCCUUCUUCUCCCAAAGUGCUCUCCAAAGAGAAGCAAUCAAAAAGGUUACCUUGUUGCCUGGUGAUGGUAUUGGUGUUGAAAUUUGUAGUUGUGUUUGCGAAUUGUUUCACUAUGCCAACAUUCCAAUUCAAUGGGACACUUAUCUUGUGAGUGGUUCUUUCUUUGGUGUUGGUUCUGAUAGUAGUUUAAAUCCAACUAGAAAUCUCAUUGAAGAAGAUCCACGUCGUCGUGGAGAAACUAAUCCAUCUGGAGGAACUGCUUAUUCUUAUUUGAGAAAAGAAAAGUGGUCUCAAAUUGACCCAGAGGUUCACUAUCCUGAUUUACAUCAAUCUAUUUUAAAUAACAAGGUAGUUUUGAAAGGACCAUUUAUUACUAGAGAUGUAAGCAAAUCUAUUGACAGAAUGUUGGCUUUGAAAUAUGGUUUAUAUGCUCACGUUGUUCCUGUCAAGGCUCCACAAAAUUUACCACCAUCUGUUUUCACACCUUUCAGAGAUGUUGACAUGGUUGUUGUCAGAGAAAAUACUGAAGCUGAAUAUUCAGGUUUAGAACAUCAAGUUCAACCAGGUGUUGUUGAAUCAUUGAAGAUUAUUACACGUGAUGGUUCUAUGAGAAUUGCCAAAUGGGCUUUCGAAUAUGCCAAACAAUCUAAAAGAUCUAAGGUUAUUGCCAUUCACAAGGCUAAUAUUAUGAAGAAGAGUGAUGGUUUAUUUAUUGAAUGUUGUAAACAAGUUGCUAAGGAAUAUCCAGAUAUUCAAUAUUCCGAAUUAAUUGUAGAUAAUGCUGUCAUGCAAUUGGUUAAGAAUCCACAUUCCUUUGAUAAUAGUGUUGUUGUCACACCAAACUUGUAUGGUUCAAUUGUUAGUAACACUGCUUCAUCACUUGUUGGUGGUGUUGGUGUUAUUUCUGGUUUCAAUGCUACUGAUAUUAAUAAGCCUGAUGCUGUUAGAGUUUUCGAACAAGGUAACAGACACGUUGCUAUGGAUAUUUCAGGUAGAUUAAUUGCCAAUCCAAUUGGUCUUAUUUCUUCAUCUAUUCAAAUGUUGGAUCAUAUGGGAAUGAAUACUCAUGCUAAUAGAAUUAAAUUCGCUCUCAAGGAAACACUUUUGAAUGCUAAUCCAAAGAUUUUGACUCCUGAUAUUGGUGGUACUGGUUCAUCUGUUUCAUUCAUUGAAGCAAUGAUGAGACAUAUUCCAAAAGCUGAUGAUCCUCGAAUUAAAGACUUGUAA